AGCUGAACAGUAAGGGAACAACGAGGGUUGAGGCGACGUGAAGGGCGAGCGGCGUUCCACGUCGACCGCUCCGGAGCGUUUCAGUUGUGAGUCGAGUCUCGUCGCGUCGACUUGUAGUGUUACGUUUGCACGAAUGUUGUAACGUGAGUCAUCAGUUUUUCCGCUUCUUGUGUGGCGAAACGGAUACCACUUUUGCCACUAGUGUGCUACCGUUUUUCUCUUUCUGUUUUCGUUUUGUUUUUAUUUUGGCUUAAGACGAAAGAGCGCUUUAUUCAAGUCUUAUGGGCUAAAAUAAGUGUCGUCGAAAACCUCGUGCAUGGCUCCGUUCGCGAGUGACACCAUUGUUCCGCUGCUGCCACGGAUAUAAGAAAAAAAAAAAAGUGCGACGCGAAUCUAAAUCAAGUUGGUUCGCCGAUGCGCCGAAGAGUGCGGUAGAAAAGUGGUGCUUCUGACGGUGCGAGCGAGGAUCGACCGCGAAAGAUGCUGACGUCCAGCGCGAAUCAGUAUCUCCGUCCUGAAUACCUCACGCCGCUGCCUACUACGUUAGAUGCAAAGAAGAGCCCACUCGCGUUGUUGGCACAAACGUGCAGCCAGAUAGGAGCAGAUACACCGUCCAACAAAUCCCUGCUGAGUUCUUUGGACAAGUCGUCGAGUAACAGAUCAUCCAAGACGGAGCAAUGUCGCGAGAAGUCGUCGCCGGCGGUGACAGUGUCAGUCACGACAACCCCGUCGAUCGAGUCCACAAAAACCAGUUUCAAACCGUAUGAAUCCUGCCUGGGUCGCGAGAAAGCGUCCUCGCCAGAUGAGCCACGAUCGGCGUCGAGCCAUUCAACGUCCGGUCGAUCCAGGACGCCAGGCAGCAGCGGCAAAAGAUGUCCCAGCAAUCAAAGCAGCACGUCAACGCGCGCGGUUACGCCGCAAGGUAGAAAAACCGCGACUCCGAACGGCGAGGUAACGCGGGACUCGCCGGCUUCGAGGAAUUCGUCGUCCUCAAUGAUACAGGCAUCAAACAGUACGAUGGAUUCCGCUGUCACGAGUCAGCCAACCGUCAGUAGCCCCUCGUUACAGUCGAAACCCGCCUACAGUCCCGCCGGCGUACUGGCGAUGACCGAUCCGUCUAUCAAAGAUCUCCCAUUGGGCACGUUUAAGCCGGCCUGCACUUUGCCGGCCUCCACCGCCGCCUACUUAGGCUAUACUCCCGGUCAGUUGCCGAUCGACGUGAUGGCCAGCUCGCUCAUGUCGCAGCACCAUGCUGCUGCUCUGAAGAACGGUUUUGCGGCCGUCAACCCUUACGUGUACGCGCGGCUCAAGAAUCCGACCGGAACGGUCGACGGCAUGAUGCCGAUUUGUCGCGAUCCCUACUGCACCGGCUGCCAACUCAACUCGCAUCUACUGUCCAACUCGAGCUCCGCGGCGGCGGCGGCGGCAGCGGCCGUCGCCAACCUCGCCAACGGCAAGUUGUCGGCGAGCGCGACUCCUGGUACCUGUCCAGCCGGCUGCGCGCAAUGCGAUCAUAAACCCGGCACCGUCUCACCUUACGGACCGCUCGGUGCGGCCAGUGCGGUAUACGCGCACGCGCAACUAGCCGCUUUAGCCGCGGGCACGCAACUUCCUUACGUGUGUAGCUGGAUAGCCGGCGACACCGCGUACUGCGGCAAGCGAUUUGCCACGUCGGACGAGCUGCUGCAGCAUCUAAGGAGUCAUACCAGCGUGACAACGAGCGCCGCAACCGAUCCUGCGAGCGCAGCCGCCGCGUUAUCCCUGUUGACGCCACCGGUUGGAUUACCACCGACUCAUUCCCUACUUGCAAGAUCAUAUCCCACGCCGCCGUUGAGCCCGCUCGCCACCGCGCGUUAUCAUCCGUAUGGCAAACCCUCACCGUUGAUAUCACCGUCACUGUCGUCACUAGGUCUGCCGUUGCCGCCACCGCCGCCGCCACCGCAUCCGCACGCGACUGCCGGUUUACCGCCGUACUUCACGCCGUACUCCCUCUAUGGACCUCGUCUGGGCGCCGCUUCCGGGAUGCAUCAAUGAGUUCUUGGUACUGAGCGUUCGUGAGAGCCGAGGAAUAGUAACUUGCGAGGCGAACUGUGAAUUUCUCUGCAAAUUCUCUCGCGUAGUAUGUAAAACGGAAAGUGUUGGUUUUUUAUGCUUGUUGUUGUCACGGAGCUACGUGGGAAACAUCAAGUUUUUGUCGAGCAGAAUAUUGGCGCGGUAGGAUAUAUUCUUUUCGAUUAUUACAUGAUAGGGUAUACUCUCUCGGUGUGUCUUCCGCAAAUUGUGAAUUUCAAUUUAUAAUUAAAUUACAAUUAAUACAAUUAUGUUGAAUUUUGAUUGUCUUGUAUUCAAAAAAAUCAAUAUAAAACUUAAAAAGGAAGAACAUACACAAAACGAUUUCUUUUUUAUUUAUGGAUAUGAUGUUAAUAUACCGAUUUUCUACUAUAUCAAAUGCAAAUGUUUCAACCCUCGCGCUACACUUAAGUAAUUUGUAAUUUUGUUUUCUCUCGUCUUUAAUUGUUGCUUAUUUAUAAUAAAUCUUCAUAAAUUUUAUUCGUAA